AUGUUCAUCCACAAUCCUGCCUUGGCCGACGAGGUCUCCGCCCUCAAUGCUAUCUACGGGGAUGGCGUCCUUGCUGCCAGCUUCUCUUCUGACCACCAUACAACACUGUCGCUCAAGCUGCCAUCCUUUGCUUUCUCGUUUCUCCUUCGAGUCUUUGACGAUUACCCCCAAUCGUCACCUGAGAUGAUCGGAGUCGAUGACUUGGUAGAAAGCUUGAAGCCAGAAGCCCAGCGGGCCGCUGUCUACCUGGGAGCUUGCAUGCGUGCAGUCCACUGCCCCGAAACUGUCUCCCUGUUCGAUGCCAUCGAGGAGUUCGAAACGAUCUGCCGAUCUUUGGACCUGCAAUGCCAGCGCAGCGAGGGUGUCGACCAUGUGCCGGAAGCGGAGCCUGCCAACAGAGCUGAGAUCUUGCGGGAUUUGGCUCUUCGCGCUAGGGCUAAGACAGAAGUCAGACUUGCAGAAGAGUCACAUUUUGAUAUAGUCGAUUGCGUAACAGAGGGCGUUGUUAGCACAUUCCUGUCCCGCGAAGAGAUGACUUGCUGUGGCCAAAGCAUCCCCAUCAAGCUAAUCCGGCAACGCUGUGAUUUCAAGGAUGACUUCCUGGAAGCCUUUUGCCUGUGGUUGCAGGAACGUAAUGCGCCAAAUCCGACCUACUGCCCCUGGGAGGAUUGUCUCACCUACAUUCCACGCCGGUUUGUCCGGCAGGAUUACGCCCGGUGCCCAUUCUGCGACAGAGCCAUGUGUAUGCUAUGCAAGAAAAAGGACCACAGCGGCGUAUGCAGACAAGACAAGAAGCUUAAUGCUCUGAUUACGGGCUCAGGAUGGAAGUUCUGCCCCUGCGGACAGCUCAUAGAGAAGAACCUCGGGUGCAACCAUAUGAGAUGUCGAUGCGGCGAGGAGUUCUGUUAUCGGUGUGGAAAGGCCUACGAACGUCGCAUGCCAACCUGUAAUUGCGGCUUGUUCGGGUGA